AUGGAUAUAUCUGAUAGCACAGCCCUUACAAUAUCAGGUGCUGUUAAAACAAAAAUGUUUAAUGAGAAUAAUGUUAGUUUUGAUAAAAUGGUUGGCCUCGGCAGUGACGGGGCCAGUGUCAUGACGGGUAAAGUGGGUGGUGUCUCUGCACUCCUAAAAAAAGAAAAUCCAAGACUCGUUAACAUACAUUGUAUAGCCCAUAGGCUAGCUUUAUGUACAGCACAGGCUGCUGUUAAGGUGGAAUACUUAACUAAGUACACUGAAAUACUAACCAGUAUAUCCCACUACUUCAAAUAUUCAGCUGUCCGAACUGCUAGAAUAAAAGAAAUACAGACUGUGUUAGAUUCCCCACAGCUGAAGUACAAAGAAGUGUUUCAUGUGCGUUGGUUCUCGUUCUAUGCUUCACUGUCAGCCAUCUACCGAACGUGGAGUGCAUUGGUGGUGUAUUUUGAAGGUCAAAAUUAUAGUAAAGACAGCAAAGCAAAAGGAAUGUAA